AUGGAUCCCCGUACCAGUGCCCAGGACGUGAUGCGAUGUGACCUGUUUAAAAUAGCUAUAGACACUAAUGACUUGUCAAAGCUAUUAAGUGUCACAUCCAACCUACACACAUACAGAAAUCUUCCGGACAAAAUUUUAGCAGCUUUACCCAAAUUUAUUCCAGGAAAAAUACAAGGGGAACUUAGUAAACUUUUUGGAGCCUUAUCAUCAAGUUCUUUAACAUUAGAUAAACAUGGCUACAGCAUGAAGACAACACAGAAAUCACCAGAAGCUGGAUCCUCUCCUCAAGUGAAACAGCUGCUUGAUGAACCAGUGAUUGUCACCAACAUAAAUACUGGGUAUGGACAGCUUUACAAUGUGGCCUGUCUGAGUAAUGAAGAAAUCUGGACAAGUGGACAUGACAACACCAUGCAACUCUACAACAUCAGUCAGGGAUCACUGCUCAAGUCAAUCACAACCAAGUCAGGGAAAAGACCAGAGGACAUAGUAGUGACAAAAAGUGGAGAUCUAGUUUAUACUGAUCACAAUGACAGAACUGUGAACAUUGUGAAGAAUGAGAAGAUAGAGGAGGUAAUCAGAAUACAGAACUCAUGGAGACCUGAAGGUUUCUGUAGUACAUCAACUGGUGACCUCCUGGUUAUCAUGGGCAGUGAUGAAAACAAACCAACAAAAGUUGUCCAGAACAAGAACCAGGAUAUCUGUGUGUCUGACUGUGGAGCUGGAGCAGUAGUGGUGGUCAAUCAGGCCGGGAAACUGAGAUUCAAGUACACUGGACAUACUCCUGCUCCAAAGAACCGACCAUUCAGACCAGUGAGACUACAUGGAAUCACCACAGACAGUCAGAGUCACAUCCUUACAGCUGAUAAUAACAAUAAGUGUGUCCACAUCAUAGACCCGGAAGGACAGUUCCUCCGUUACAUAGACUGUGAACUGAGUUAUCCCUGGGGACUGGAGUUGGUGCCGUUUUCAAGCCCUGGACUUGUAGGUGUAAUCAUGGACCCCCGUACCAGUGCCCAGGACGUGAUGCGAUGUGACCUGUAUAGAAAAUCCACUCCCCUCUAUCCUGAAUGUAAAACUCAUGUCAAAGAACGAUGUAAAAUGUACUGUAAUCAAUGUGACAUUCCUGUCUGUCUUAAGUGUAUUGCAUCUGAUCAACAUCUUGGUCAUAAGGUAUCAGAAAUCUUGAAAGUUGUGGAUGAAAGAAAGAAUAAAUUCAUGAAAGAACAGACUGAAUUAAAUGAGACAAUUUAUCCCACCUACCAGGACAUUGCCUCUGAUGUACAAAACAGAAUGACAACUUUACCCAAAUUCAUCCCAGGAAAAAAACAAGGGGGAGAACUCGGUAAACUGUUUGGAGUUCUAUCAUUAAGUUCUCUUACAUCAGAUAGACAUGGCUACAGCAUGAAGACAACACAGAAAUCACCAGAAGCUGGAUCCUCUCCUCCAGUCAAACAGCUGCUUGAUGAACCAGUGACUGUCACCACCAUAGACACUGGGUAUAAAAAGCCUUUGAAUGUGGCCUGUCUGAGUGAUGAAGAAAUCUGGACAAGUGGAGAUGACAACACCAUGAAACUCUUCAGCAUCAAUCAGGGAUCACUACUCAAGUCAAUCACAACCAAUACCUCCUCUGGUGACCUCCUGGUUAUCAUGGACAGUGAAGAUAGCAAAGAAACAAAAGUUGUCCGUUACUCUGUCUUCACAGAGAAACAAAGCAUUCAGUAUGACGACAAAGGUAAACCUCUCUUUCAAUCUACUUCUUAUAUUCUAAGAUACAUAACAGAGAACAGGAAUCAGGAUAUCUGUGUGUCUGAUGAAAGAGCUGGAGCAGUAGUGGUGAUCAAUCGGGCCGGAAAACUGAGAUUCAGGUACACUGGACAUACUCCUGCUCCUAAGAACAAACCAUUCAAUCCACAGGGAAUCACCACAGACAGUCGGAGUCACAUCCUUACAGCUGAUUAUAGCAAUGACUGUGUCCACAUCAUAGACCAGGAUGGACAGUUCCUCUAUUACAUAGAUUGUGGACUCAGUUCAUCCUGGGGACUGUGUACAGAUACAAAUGACAAUUUAAGAAAAAUGCAUUUGAGAUCCUUCAACAGAGAAUUAAUAUAUGAUCACACCCCUCAAUCCAAAAAAAAAUGA